CUCUCUGCUCCCGUUGGCUAUAUAAUUUUUUCUAUUGUUUUUUUUAAUAAGUUGGAGUAAUUGACUCCGUCUGAUUGAGUAAAAAGUUUCGACUCAUUUUUCAAAUGAAAUAAAUGUUCCACUGAGUGUCAAGAUUUUCUAGAUUAAGCCAUGGACACGGAAGCUGUGGUGCAGGGAUUAACCGAUGUCGGGUACACCGGACCACUGCUCGACUCUGCAAAGUUCACCGAAGCGUUGCAAACAGGCGCAAAGUCACCAGCAUUUACAAAACUUAUCUCUUGGUUGACUGAUCAGAUUGGAUCUUUUAGCAAAAUCGAUGAAACUGUACAGCCAACAUCUACCCCAGAGGAUUCUAGUCACUUUCUGCUGGAGUUGAGCACGUAUCUCAAAGAGCUGGGUUGCAUAAACGUGAAACUGACCACAGGCAAUGUCAAUCAGCGAUUGGCGAACAUUGAUGAAAGAUUAAUGCUCAUCGAGUACUUGAUAAGCGAACUUAUGGCAUGUAAAAUUUCGGAAACAAAAAAAGAAAAGGACAAAAAGGCUGUACAAAUCACGAUUAGCGAAAGUAUAACUGCAAAGUGCAUGAGGGAAAUGCUGUCCGCCUUAAGAUUCCAAAAGCCUCCAGACAACAUUAGUCCUUCGGUAUUAUUUAGUAAAUUGCAAACAAAGGUUGCUGAUGUGAUGAAGCAAGUUCCCAAAGAACUUGUAGGCAAGCCUUUGUUCUAUGGCGUACUAAACAGUGAUCAAUGGGAAAAGUUGGAUAAACUACACAGCGAAAUGAAUGAAGAGUACACGAUAAGGAGGGAGAUGUUGCUGAAACGAUUGGAUGUUACAGUUCAAUCUUUCACGUGGUCGGAAAGAAUAAGGCCAAAAGAAGAUGAGCUGAACAAAUGUUACAAUUUAAAGCGCGACGCUAUGAGACGCGAGCCAGAUGUAACUCUAGCCCAUUUGUUGGCGGCAAGAGAUGAUUUGGCGGUCAUCGAAAAGACGAGCAGCGCAUCUGUCCGUAAAAAUACAAAAAGUUCCAUCAACAAAGUUAUUAUUGGUGCAGUACCGGAUCGAGGAGGCAGACCAGGCGAACAGCCGCCACCUCCACCGGAAAUACCAUCUUGGCAGAAAGACAAAGUACAAGGACCACAAAGAGGAGGAUUUGGAGGUGGCCGCGGCGGUGGACGAGGUGGUGGUGGUGGUGGUGGCCGUGGUGGUGGUGGCGGCAGCGGUGGUGGUGGAGGAUACCGUGACAACAAAUCCGCUUCGUCGAAUUUCGGACAGAAUUUCGAUAAACCGCAGCAGCAACAGUUCACUUCUUAUUCCAACCCAAGCCCUCAGUACACUCAAGCUUCCGGAUUCGGUGGCGGGUAUGGUGGUAAUCAAAACUCUUUUUCGUCCAGAGGUCAAGGAUUCGGUUACAACAACCGAGGCGGUGGAUUUGGAAACCAGAGCUAUGGUAAUCAAAAUUCGGGUGGAUUUGGAAACCAGAAUUAUGGGAAUCAAAGUUCUGGUGGAUAUGGAAACCAAGGAGGUUACGAUAGAAAAAGUGGAGGUGGUCAAAACAGAGGCGGCCGCGUUCAAGGCGGCUGGAAUCAAGGCGGAGAUUCUGGUUACAAUAAUCGUAAUCAAGGGCAAGGCGGAGGACGAAGGUAUUAACACAACUGUUUCAUGCCACAUAUCACCACGUUCGUGACAUUCAAUUUUUUAACUAGUUAUUUUUACCUUAUAAAUUAACUUAUCAAUGGAGUUUUAGAGCUUCAUUAAGCAUUUUUCUAUAAUUACAAUUACAAACUAUAGAAAAUAAUACUACAUGGGUGAUUAUACAAUUAAAUCAUGUAAGUAGCUUGUAAGUAAAACAAAGUUACAUUGAAUGCAGUGUAUUUGCAAUUUUUUGUUAAUUAAAAGAACUGAACUAUUCUCAAAAAA